GGAGUCAGUGCUCAUCUGGACGUGGUCGAGGGAGGGUGUGUGUCAGAGGCUCCGGGAAUUACAAAGAGCCACGGUGUAUAUUUCUAUAGGCCUAAAGUUACGAGUGAGAUUCCUAGGCCUACCAGAUUCCCAGGGUGCACCGCGUGAGGCAGCAGCAGGCACUGGGCAUUGGACACUGGACACUGGGCACUGGACACUGGACACCUGCCACUGGGCAGCAGCAGCAGCAGCAGCAGCAGGCGCGAUGCUUGGCCGGCCGGCGCGGGCGUGGCAGGUGUAGGUGUUGGGUGUGAGGUGGAGUGGUGUGUGUUUGCGUUGUGAUGGGCGUGGGCGGGUGUGUGGCGGCAGCAGCAGCAGGAUGACGAGCAGUGACGUGGCUGCCGUGGUGAGCGCCGUGCAGUGGGGCGAGGAGGGGUCGUACCUGAAGGAGGUGGCGGGGCGGUGUCCCCGGCCCCAGCUGGCCAAGGUGAUCAAGGGGCAGUACCUGGGCGUGGGCGUGCCCACCCUGGCCAACCCCUCCCUGGCCUCCACGCUGCUGCUGGUGCCGGCGGGCAAGGCAGUGCGCGUGGCGGCGCAGUGCGUCAAGUUCAAGGAGGGGCGGCGCGUGGUGCCGGCCGGCCCGCGCCUCGCCAUCCCUGAGUCUUACGAUGGCUACUUUGAGAUCCUGAGCGAGGACGGGCGCGCCGUGCGGUGCAUGGAGAGUGUGGCGGAGCUGGCGCGGCGUUUCCCGGACUCGGCGCUGGUGCGGGAGAGCGUCAAGGCGUACGUGUCCCGCUCAGACGACGUGGACGCCAUCACGGAGAAGGCGCGGCAGGUGGCGGCGGGCGAGACGCUGGUGGUGGUGGGUGAGGUGGUGGGGUCUGGGCGGGGUGGUGGUGGUGGCGGGGGCCGUGGCUCGCGGUUCCUGCGGUGCUUUGACCAGGCGGGGCAGAACGUGUACCUGCCGUGGGAGGCGCGGGGCAAGUUCUCUGCCAUCGCGAAGGAGGACAACAUCAGCGGCGUGCACAGCAUCCGCAACCUGCUCAACAAGCGCCUGCCGCUCAUGGUGCGCGUGGUGCAUGGCAAGCCCCCCCUCCCCGCCAAGGCCGCCCAACACUUCCUGCCGGAGCUGCGCCUCUUCGCCGCCCACAACGAUGAGCCUCUGGCCGCCCUGCCACUGGGCAAGGACGCGCCGCUACUGCUGGUGCCGCCCUCCGCGCCGCUCAAGCUGGCCCACGCCCGCAACGCUGACCAAGUGGAGAAGAGCAAGGAGUUCCUGCGGCUGUGUGAGCGCGCCGCCACGCUGCUGGCCGAGGCCGCAGACCGCAUGCACGUCUACGACACCACGCUGGGCUCCAAGGGUGGUGGCGGCGGCGGUGGCGGCGGUCCCCGCGACCCCCGCUUCGCGCAGUGGCCGGAGCCCUCCAAGCCGCGCCUCAAGGCACACCACCACCACCACCACCACCCGCGCCAGGCCCCGCGCCGUGCCCGCCCCGCCCCGGAGGCGCGGCAGUCCGGCGCGCCGCCCGACGACUACGACGAGAUAGACCAGAUCUACGACUAUGUGCGUGGCUUUGCGCCCCUUCCCAAGCACAUCAAGUCACCCUACGCCACCGACGACCCCGCCCCCCACUCCCGCCGUGCCUCCCACACCACCGCGCCGUCCAACACCGCCACCACCACUGCAGCCAACACCACCACCACCGCAGCCUCCACGCCGGACAAGGGCGAGGCACGCCCCACUCCGCCCCCCAUAGAGACCAUCCCCUCCCGCCGCUCGAGCCGCGCCCCCGAGAAGCUGUCCCCCUCCGUCCACCCCGCCCUCAUCUCCGCCGCCCUGGACCGCGCUGCUCACCGCAGGGUGGAGAAGCGCACCCGCCGCCCGGAGGACAAGAAGGCCCCUGCCACCACACCCUCCACCCCCACCACGCCACACCCACACCCCCUGACCAACCCCUCCUCCCCUGACACCCAGCCCGCCUCACCCACUCCAGACGUGACGCCCACGGCGGCCACCACGCCCACGGCGGCGCCCAACAAGCUGUUCGUGAAGGCGCCGCAGCAGCGGCCGCACAAGUCCCGCGUGCUGCGCCACAAGUCCGCCUCGCCCGUGAAGGAAGCGCUGCUCGAGGUGACGGGCUCCACCGCGCCCUCCGCCACAAACCCCGCCGCCUCCAACACCAGCCUGGCGGCGGGCUGCGGCCUGGGGGUGGGUGGCCUGGGGCUGGUGGGCGGGGUGGGGGCGUCGUCCCCCUCGCCGCUGUUCAAGCUGCGGUACAAGUCGCUGACCAGCCUGGCCCUGGACUUUGACACCCUGGACUCCAGCAUCUCGGGCGGCAAGGGGUCUGCGGACAGCGGCGGCUCCGGCACCAUCGCCGCCAAGCUGCCAGAGAAACGCAGCCGCCGCCUCACCCGCCCCAAGAGCCUCACCAACCUGGCCUGGGACACCCGCGACGCCCGCGACGCUCGCGACACGCCCCCCACCCUGGCCCCGCUCUCCGGCACCUCCCGCGCCCUGCUGGAGGCAGAGAAGCACCUCAGACUGCAGCCCGGAGUGUACCGCCACGCCAGGGACACCACGCCCGCCAUGCUGGCCGCCACCUCCCGCCUCCUGCAGGGACACAAGAAGAUUGGCACGCUAUACUUGUGAUCAGAUUAAACUUCAAGAAUUUUGUGAAAGAAAGAAAGAGAGAGAGAGAGAGAGAGAGAGAGAG